CUAAAAGCUCUUUGCAGCUAUCACUGUCAUGUGGCGUCCACCUGCUUGAUCAACCCUAUCCACGUUGUCUUCCAACGGUCAGGUGGGGUCUGGAGACAACUGCAGCCAGGGGUUUUCUGCCAUCUGGUUUCAUGGUAUAGGAAGAGGCUUGCCUUGGGAGAGGGGCAAAAAACCGUUUGUAGUUCCAAUCCACCGAGUAUUUAGGAUCAAGGUUACCUACCUUAAAUCCUCGUGUGCUCAGCUUCCCAAUCCAUAAGCUCCGGGUCCCCUUUGUCCACACACACACAGACACACACACACACACACACACACAGAGAGAGAGAGAGAGAGAGAGAGAGAGAGAGAGAGACACGAUCCCAAUUAACCUCAUCCGUCUGAUACAAGGGCCCCUCGCUUUCCCUCUCCUCCUCCUCGGAAGCACCUUACAUUUCAAGGGUGAUUCCCGGCAUAUCCUACCUGCAAAAUACUUUUGCUCAGGGUGGAGUUCACCUUAUCUCCGCACACCUGUUUACUAUCGAACUCUACUCAACUUACUUUCCCGUUCUCAUAAUCCCUUAUUGUAGACAUACGCUUUUUUUCCCUCUAAACAUCACAUUUACCUCCCAUAUACCUCAAUCCCACACACUCAAUGACCGAAGAAGUCGCCCCCGUCAAGUGCGUCGGCCCCGAAUACCGCGCCGAAGACCAAAAGCCCACCGCCACCGUCUCAACCGUCGUCCACUUUGACAAUGUCACCGUCCUCCCCCAAACCCCCCAGCUAAUCGCCCUCCUCUCCAUCAUCCGCAACCACUCCACCGCCCGCGGCGACUUCGUCUUCUACUCCAACCGCAUCAUCCGCCUCCUCGUCGAGGAAGGCCUCAACCACCUCCCCACCAUCUCCCACACCGUCACCACCCCCGUCGGCCGCCCCUACGAUGGCCUCUCCUUCCAGGGAAAAAUCGCCGGCGUCUCCAUCAUGCGCGCCGGCGAGGCCAUGGAGCAAGGACUCCGCGACUGCUGCCGCUCGGUGAGGAUCGGCAAGAUCCUGAUCCAGCGCGACGAGGAGACUGCCCAGCCGAAGCUGUUUUAUGACAAGCUGCCCGAGGAUAUUGCGGAUAGAUGGGUGCUGUUGUUGGAUCCUAUGCUUGCUACUGGCGGCUCUGCCAUCAUGGCAGUGGAUGUUCUCAAGUCGCGUGGUGUUCCUGAGGAGAGGAUUCUAUUCUUGAACGUGCUUGCUAGCCCGGAGGGGAUCAAGAACUUUGCGGAAAAGUUCCCUGCGUCGAGGGUGGUGACUGCUUUUGUGGAUGAGGGGUUGGAUGAGAAGAACUACAUCAUCCCAGGCCUUGGUGACUUUGGCGACAGAUAUUAUACCCGGUGAAUAACUCAAUGUAGCAAAAAGUCACCAACAAAUAAAACACGCUCACACCAAAAAAAAGCCGAUAUAUACGAGGCCAAAGCAAAUCAUUAUCUUUUUGCUUGUCUUGAAAAGGAAAAGCAUCGUAGAUAUUAAUAUUUUCCACACCCGCCGACUGAUUUUAUGCCUCCUCUGCCUCAAAUACUUGUCGCCAUGAUAUGAUUGAUUGAUCGAUUGAUUGCCACCCGAACCAUACAUUUAUUUCCCUGUUUCCCAAUUCCCAUUCCAC